AUGGCCUCUCCUCCAUACAACCACAACUACACCUCCGCCAUCUCCCCUCCCUAUCCAUCCAACGCGCAACUUCCCCAGCCCCCGAAACGACGGCAAUCGGAUAUGCCUUCCUCAGCACCAGCCCAAAAACGGCGCAAAGCCUCCAUGCUCUCCACCACUUCCGCAGCCUCCACCCACCCUCUUCGCCAGACCUCAUUCCCUCCCGAAAAUGCCUCCCACACCACACCCGCAUUCUCGCGCUCCCCUACCUCAGACACAAUGUCCUUGGUCUCUGGUAGCGGAGCGAAGAAGAAGCGCGCGCGCAAGCCUAAAAAAGGCGAGAAUGAUAAAUCUUCUGUGGUUGGGGGUGAGGGAAAGAGGAAGCGCAGAGCGAGUACGGCGGAGGAAGAGGAGGAUGAUGGGGGUGGGAACAUGGAUGUCCAGAUGGCGGCUGGGACGCUGGAGGAGAGAAAGAAGGAGAUGGAGCACAGGGCUCUCCUUACCAGUAAUCUUGACGCGCAGCAGUUCUCGCGGUUUGAGGCAUGGAGGUCAAGUAAAUUGCCAGAUGCGAUUGUUAGGAGGAUUAUCAACCAGACCCUUUCUCAGUCUGCGCCUACGAAUGUUAUUCUUGCCGUCAAGUCCGCGGCCAAAGUUUAUGCAGGCGAAAUGAUCGAAGGCGCGAGGAAGGUGCAAACACAGUGGCUGGAGAGCUCGGGGGAAGAUCAAACGACUGGUCGUCCAGGUCCACCAGCAGAAGAUGGCAAGCCGAGAGAAAACGAGACAAGAAGAGGACCGCUUUUGCCGGAUCACUUACGCGAAGCUCUGAGGAGGCACAACCUCACGAGGGAUGGCGGUUUGGUGGGUCAGUUGGGUUUAUGGCAGCAUCAGCAAUCUAGUGGAGUGGAGAGAUUUGGCACCAAGGUUGGCGGAAAGAGGCUGUUCAAGUGA